AUCUGUUUCCUAUUUUUUUUAUAAACAUGGUUCGCUUCAAGCACAGAUAUCUUGUGGCUGAAGUUAAUUUUGCCGAUGGCAGAUUAUAUGACCAAAAUUUAAAUGGUAAAAUGAUAUAUAAAUGCCUAUUAGAAGCCUUAAAAGAGAAUUUCGGUGACUACGGGUAUGGAUCGAUAAAAACGAAUUUAAGAGUAAAGUAUGUCAAUCCUUACACACGAAUAGCUAAGAUUAGAUGUAAGAGAGAUAUGAAGGAUAUGGUGCAAGCGGCAAUGUUUUUUAUUAAAAAAGUUGAAAACGUUCCAGCAAUAUUUCGAACUUUACAUUGUGCCGGUUCCAUGAGAUCUUGUCAGAAAUUUUUAGUAGAAUAUAAUCAGCAGGAAUUGGCGAAAAUCGUUAGAGCAUGCAAAGAUCCAGAAGAAAAACGUCAGAUGCUGCGGUCUAUCAACAAAAGCGAUUUUGGCGACGAUGAAUUCGAUGACAAUUUAGACAUUGAUGUUCUUAAUAGACUUCACGGAAAUGACGGCUAA